ACCUGAUUCGCUCUCUUUGGUGUUGUUUACAAGAUAAUAUCACUGAUGUUGUUGGGAGGAUGUGGACGAGAGCUAAAACAGUGCCGGAAUAUUUAAGCGUUUUAAAGAAUUAAUACAAGUUGCUGCCGGGGACUUUUCUUUUUAAAUAAAGUUAGUGAAAUAUAAAAAACUUAAGGUCGUUUUAAAUGCAAAAAAAAGCGUGAAAUCCGUGAUACAAGAUGUCUGAGUCGGUCCUGUCCAGCGAAGUGAAGUCUGGUCAGAAAUAGAUAUUGAUUAGCUGUUAAGUGAUUAUUGACCUUCCGACCAGCAGCUCGGGGUCAAUAGCUGUUUGGUUUGAGUGCAGCGCUCAUUUAAAUGGCUGCAGAAGGGAGAGGGACCAGCUGCUCAGCGUCGGCUCAGUCAUGGUUUCCUCUCGAACAUGGGGGUCUCCGUCCCUCAGAGACUCGGACACUCGGCUGUAUUCUCUCAGCCCGCGGGGCCGCCUGUCCCCAGAGUCCUGCUGCCUCCGGGGGACAGGGCUGAGACGUCAGGCGCAGAGAGGACUCUCUUCUCUGUCUUUCUGCCUGAGUUCCCACGGUGUAAAUUUUCUGGACGAGACCAUUUCCAGAUCCUGGGCUUCAUAGCCAAAGGCUCAUAUGGACCCAUCUUGAAAGUGAGGGACAUUUUCAAAGAUAAGACCUUUGCUGUUAAGGUUUUAGCCAAGUCAGAGAUCUUGAAGCAUGGAGUGGUGAAGCAGUCCAAGGAAGAAGUCAUCAUUCAGCGGCAGCUCAAACACCCAUUUAUCCACAAUCUGCAGGACUGCUGGCAGACACAGCACCAUCUCUUCAUUAUGUGCGACUACUGCUGCCUUGGAGACUUGCACACAUGCUGGCUGCUGAAGGGCCAGUUUGGGGAGCGUGAGGUUCGCCUCUUUGCUGCAGAGCUGGGCAGUGCGCUCGGAUUCCUACACGACAUAGGGAUCAUACAUAGGGAUGUAAAGAUGGAGAACAUUCUUCUAAAUGACCAAGGUCACCUUCGUUUGUCUGAUUUCGGACUCUCGCGGCGGCUGAAUCGAGGAGGACGAGCGUUCACCAUAUGUGGGACGAUCCAGUACAUGGCACCUGAAGUUUUAGGUGGGGGUCCAUACAACCACGCUGCUGACUGGUGGUCCCUUGGCAUCAUGUUGUUCUCACUGGUGACAGGAGAGUUUCCAGUACCUGCAGAGCUGGACCACAAUAGCAUGUUGAAUAAAGUCAAAGAUUUUCCUUAUGUCCUACCUAAGAGCUGCAGCUCUGCUCUGAUCUCACUCCUCACCGAGCUUUUGUGCAAGAAUCCAGCGAAUCGGCUUCGUAACGUGGAGCGUUUCAGGAUGCAGGCCUUCUUUCAUGGCUCUUCAUUCGACGCUCUCAUCCUUCAAAGGGCACCUGUUGACGUCAUCCUCGAGCUCAGGGCUCAUCCUGAUUGGGCAGCCAAAGCAAGGAGAGGCCUGUCAUUGGACUACGUAGACAACUUUGACUGUGAUCAAAUCCUUUAUUCUCCUACAAAAGCAUCCACUGAUCCUUCUCCCACUGUGGCCAACGUGGACCUGAGCCCAGCCACAGAGCAGACUUGUGAAGCCUAAGACGGGGCUGUGUUUCUGUGUCCGAGUACAUAAGCUGACUGGAAAUGAGAGACACUGCAGGUAUGAAUAUUUCUCUGAUACACAUGUCAUGGACUUAGUUUCCCAUUUUCACAGGGUUAAAAAGAUCCCAUUUCCUCAGUGUAUAUACAGUAUGUACUUGUUACCUGCUGUUUACUUUUACUUUACCCACUGUGGCCGUUGUUCUGCCACAUUUUUAUUGCUGUCAUUCAGUAAUUUGUUAAUAUUGUGGGAUACCUUAAAAUUAUUAUCUUUUUUUAUUUCAGUAUUCAAAUUCUAUUAAAUCACUUUAGGGAUUUUAUCCUUAAAUGUUGAAAUGAAAUUUCGAUGUUGUAAAUAAAUAUUUUGCACUCCUUGGUGUUGUUAAAAUCUGUCUGAUUUCCCAGCCCUCAUGUGUACUUGUGUGCAUUAUCCAAAAGUAAUCUUAUUAUACACUCAGAUAAUAUUGGGGUAGUUAUGUGUAUCUUAACUCAGUGUCAUCAUUAAAUAUUUGCAUAAGCUUUGUGUAAUGUUGCAGUCCAACUGAUAUGGCUGUUGUUUACUAUAUAUAUAUAAUAAAUAGACUACUCUUCACAAACACAACUAAGUGACACCUGAAGCUGGUCAUCGGACCACAGCAUGAGAGAUUUGUCAUCAUUCCAGUGUGUUUUUUUUUUUGUCUGACAGUUAUCAUUAAAAAUGCAAAAGC